AUGGCGAGCGGCAACGCCGCGCCCGGGGGCGCGGGCUCGGGCUCGGGCUCGGGCUCGGCGCUGCCCGCCCGCUCCCUGGAGACCGAGAAGCUGCUGGCGGCGCCCGAGGGCCGGGAGGAGAAGGGCCUGCGGGGCUCCAAGUCCUUCUCGGCCGCGCUGCCCGGCGAGGCGGAGCGCAACGGGCACGGGCUCACCUACAAGUCGGUGUCCGUCGGGCACCUGGAGGCGGCCCCGCUGUCGCCGUCCCGGCUCAGCCUGGGCCGAGCCUCCUCCACGGCCACCAGCACGGCGGCGGCGGAGCAGGGCCGCCCGCGGGACUACCUGGUGCUCGCCAUCUUCUCCUGCUUCUGCCCCGUCUGGCCCAUCAACAUCGUGGCCCUCGUCUUCUCCAUCAUGUCGAGGAACAGCGGGCAGCAGGGGGACAUGGACGGAGCCCGGCGCCUCGGCCGCAUGGCCAGGCUGCUCAGCAUAGUCUCCAUUGUCCUGGGGACCAUCAUCAUCGUGCUCUACGUGUCACUCAGCGUCAGAGUGCAGACCGUCUAUGCAUCUUCUUACCCUUUGCUCUUCAAGCUGCUGAAAUUCAGCUUAUGCCCGGGAUACCUGUCGUUGCAGUCCGAACCGAUGGGGCUUCGCAAGGCAGCCGCGGUUGGAAUGAUCCUUUCUAGGUGGAGUCCUCGGCUGCUGAAGCACACAGCAGCAAACUCCUUUCACUUGUUCAUCUUCUUUCGGAUCAGAUACAAGUGCACUGCUCUGCGCUCGUGA